AUGCUUCAGGUGAAUACGAUUGGGACGAUCCACCACAGCCCAGCCUUUGUUCGGAUCUAUUCUUAUGUCCCCAUUUUAUUACCUGUUGGCUACGAAGUCGAACGUCCGGUAUUUUGCCCACCGAAAGAGCCCGACGCCAAACGUGGCACCACAGCCCACGUGAUCUUUGCGUCCUCACAGGACGACCGGCGAAAUCCCGACACCGCCAACGGCCACGUCUGCGAGGACCUCUUCUUCACCGCCACGAUCGGCCAGAGCCCGGGGGAUUCCCCGACCCCCGUCUUUACCAUCACCCGCAGCGAUGACCCGGUGCGAAAACGCUACACCGCUGAGGGCGCCAUCACGAGGGUCUGGCGAAUGGCCUGCAAUGAGGCCCUGCGGGAUUUCGCCGAUCGGGCGGCCGAGCUGAACUUUCCCGGCCUUCUCAAGGGCAAACUGCACUUCCACGGCAUCCCGCUGAGCGGGCUGUCCCUGAAAAACGUCCUCGGCGCGGUUCGCGCGCUGCCGGGGGCCGAGGCCGCCUUGAAGGCGUUUGGCCCGGCCCCGUCCGUGAAGGCCGACCCCAAGGAGGAGGGCCGGACAGACCCCCCCCCCAUCCCCAGCCUUAAAGGGGAGGGAGGGGGGGGAAGGGGAAGGCGCGCGCGGACGCGUGUGUACGGUGCGGGCUCUCCGGGGCCCCGUUUUGCGCCUUGA